AUGAAUUCCUCGUUAUUAUUUCGUCGAGUCAUUCAACAAUAUUCAAUAGGCUCAUUUAAUAAUAUUUCAAGUCGUUUUACAUCAUCAUCAUCAUCAUCAUCAUCAUCAUCAACAACAACAACAAAAAAUUCUAGCGAAUCAUCACCAAUCGAUUCAGAAUUAAAAAAUAAGAUUGAUGAUUUUAUUAAAACAAAUAAAGUUGCUAUAUUUAUUAAAGGCGAGCCAAAUGCUCCAAGUUGUGGAUUUUCUAAUGCUGUUCUUCAAAUACUUAAAUUACAUGGAUGUGAAUUCAAGUCACAAAAUAUUCUUGAAGAUGUAAAACUUCGAGAAACAAUGAAAAUUUAUAGUAAUUGGCCAACGUUUCCUCAAGUUUAUUUCAAUGGAGAAUUCGUUGGCGGUUGCGAUAUUCUACUUCAGAUGCAUCAAUCAGGUGAACUUGUUGAAGAACUGAAAAAAGUCGGAAUUCAAUCAAAAUUAUCAAAUCUAAAGAAUACAGCUCCAUCAUCAUCAUCACCAUCCAACUAA